CCAAACCAUUCCAUGAUUCUCUAACUGUUGUUAUUCCCACUGCAUCCCACACAUAUACCAACCCCUGGUGCAGGAUCCGGGGUCUCCUGGGCAUGGCAGAGCCAUGGUGAGUGUGGAGACCUGAGUGCCCUUGGGCCAUCCCUGCUCUUGGAAAGGUAACUCUGACCUUCAGACACCCUGCAAGCCCUGGCACUGCCCCUCCAGCCCAAACCCACCAGCUGGAGCUCCAAGGAGGGAUGGUGGAGCCUUGGCUGUCCCCAUCCCUGUGACCUCCGUGGGAAAAGGAGCUGUCAGCCCUGGGAAUUGCUCCCAGGAGCAGCUGUCCAGGUAGGCUGAGCUGGGGGUGGGAUGGGGAUGUGCCUCCAACACUGGAGCAGAGAUCUCAAAUACCUCUGGCACAGUAGGGAAACUCUUUCUGACAGCGUGCAGGUGAGGUCUAAGGGGAAGUGUGCUUGAGAGAGAGAGGUGUACUGAUUUCAGAACAGACUUUGGGCAGGUUUUAAAUCCAUGUCCUGUCCAGGGAGAGGCUUGGUGUGGGGGAAUAGACUUUUGGGCAGGUAUUAAAUCCAUGUUCUAUCCAGGUGUGGGGGAAUGGAGCCUCUUCCUUAAGGAACGUGCACUUGCUGAAAGGUUUCCCUUUAGAGGCUGCACAUAUUUGCCUCCCCUGACAGCAGUGCUGGGUUUGGGCUGGCCUGAAGAGCAGUUGCAUGUACAGUCCUUCCCAGCCCUACUCCUCCCAGCCCCCACAUUUCCUCCCGUUGUUCUUUUUCAGAUCACUUGAAGGUUUUUUCCUGUUUAUUAUCCGGACAUGCUGCGCUCUGUGUGUUGAUUUGACUGUCACAUAAGGAAUCUCCUACUGGGAUCAUGGAUGCACUCCUUUCUUACAUAAAUAUAUAUCUGUGGCAAUGGUUCAGGGCUGUGGAAGAGAAAUGUUGGUGAUUAAACCAAAACUGGAAUGAGCUGCAGUUGUUAAUGAGGGCUAAGUUUAAUUACCCUUUCCCAGAAAACCUGCAACUCAGUGUGAUGAGUACAGUCACAAACAAAAAUUCUCCUUAAUUGACAUAACAGGAAAGGUACUUCAGUGAGCAAUUAUGCUGAUGUCCUGGGUUGGCACAUGUGUGUCCCACAAAUAUAUCUUGUACUUCCUGCAAAAUUCUUUUAAGUAGCUAUAAGGAAGACAUUUUUUUUUUUUCUUUUCUUUUUUUUUUUCCAGCAGUUGGCGAAAACUAAUCACUGACUUGGAGGCUCUUUUUGAGGAAAACAAUGGGACAAAACAAUGCCUUUUUGUGAGACCUGCCAAAGCACAAAGGAUGCAUGGGAUGUUUUUUUUCUUUGUUGCUUUUGUCAGCAGGAAGUUUUGUUGUUGGGAACGACUAUAACAUGCACUGUCCUUGCUCUACGUAAUCUCUGUCUGGUCCUGUGAGCUGGGUCCCUCUCCGUGCCUCCUCCAGCUGGCACGGGCAGGGCUCUGCCUCACCCCGGGGGCUCUGCUCAGUCCUGGUGCCCGCAGCCUCCCUCUCCAUCCAGGCUGGUGCCCAGUAAACAAAUCCAGGAGUCGGGUGCUCCAAUGAUUGCUGGGGUCGUGCAGGACUGAAGCAGUGAGGAUGGAGCCCACGAAGAUCAACAUGUCCCGCGUGGCCCUGGUCAACGGCGGCAUCGACGGCGCCAUGCUCAAGGCGCACAAACCCCGCGUGAUGUCCAAGAGCGGCCACAGCAACGUCAGGAUAGACAAGGUCGACGGCAUCUACCUGCUCUACCUGCAGGACCUGUGGACCACAGUCAUAGACAUGAAGUGGAGGUACAAACUCACCCUGUUUGCUGCUACUUUUGUCAUGACCUGGUUCCUCUUUGGGGUGAUCUACUACGCCAUCGCCUUCCUUCACGGCGACUUGGAGAUGAACAAGUUCUCCCCGAAGCGGGAGCCGUGCGUGAAGAACGUGGAUUCCCUGACUGGGGCGUUCCUCUUCUCCCUGGAGUCCCAGACAACCAUUGGCUAUGGAUUUCGUUUUAUCACUGAGGAGUGUCCCCAUGCCAUUUUCUUGCUUGUGGCCCAGCUGGUCAUCACCACCCUGAUUGAGAUCUUCAUCACAGGUACCUUCCUGGCCAAGAUCGCCAGGCCGAAGAAAAGGGCAGAGACGAUUAAAUUCAGCCACUGUGCUGUCAUCACCAAACACAACGGGGAGCUUUGCCUGGUGAUCAGAGUGGCAAACAUGAGGAAGAGCCUCCUGAUACAGUGUCAGCUCUCUGGGAAGCUUCUUCAGACCUACGAAACCAAAGAAGGGGAGAGGAUUCUGCUGAACCAAGCCAGUGUCAAAUUCAACGUUGACUCCUCUUCGGAGAGUCCAUUUCUCAUUUUGCCUUUAACCUUCUACCACAUUUUGGAUGAAAGCAGCCCUUUGAGAGACCUCACACCUCAAAACCUCAAGGAGAAGGACUUUGAGCUCGUGGUGCUCCUGAAUGCCACAGUGGAGUCCACCAGUGCUGUCUGCCAGAGCAGGACUUCCUACGUCCCCGAGGAGAUCCACUGGGGCUACGAGUUCGUGCCUGUGGUUUCCCUCUCACCAAAUGGAAAGUACGUGGCGGAUUUCAGUCAGUUUGAGAAGAUCAGGAGAAGCACAGAUUCUACUUUUUACAGUAUGGACUCUGAAAAGCAAAAGCUGGAGGAGAAAUACAGGCAGGAAGACCAAAGAGAGAGGGAACUGAGAACAAUGUUGUUACAGCAGAGUAAUGUUUGAUUGGAUGGACAAACUAUUCUGAAUAAUCCCUUUUCUGCAAACUGAAAAAGAACAUACUUUCUGUGCUGUAUGUCUGCUGUGAAACCAGAAGUGAAGCCCUUUCCAGGAUUAUUUCCUUUUCAGUCCUAUUUCAGCAAAUAGCUUUGGUGUACAGCAAAUUGACCCCUUUGGCUGAGUUGUCAAUCAAGUAUUUUGUAAUUAGGCAGGAUUUCUUGUUCCCUAUCGUGACUUAGCAAAAUUGGGUUUGUGUUAAACCUCUGCCUGAUGCCACCACUGAAAGCAGACACACCACUUUCCGUUUGGAAAGUGAAACUGGACUCACUGUGCUGAUUCCCUCAAAUAUUUAUUUGACGUGGUUUUACUGUGAACAUGCAGGGACAGCACACUGCACUGCUAGACGAAAACGUGCUCCUUUGAAAUUUGUACCUUUAAAAUGUAUAUUCUCCUACCAGGGAUCACCUGCGUGGGGAUUCCUGGCGCUGAAAGUAAGUUGAUUGAAGAGACAGAUGGUUGGAUGUGGGAAGAGCUUCAGGGAGGGGUUAAACUCCUUCUUAAAUCUGGAAGGAAUGUGACAGUGCUGGGUGGUGGGGAGGAACACUCGCUCUCUGUCUCUGCUGCUCAGAGCUUGUUCUGUGAUUGUUUUGGGAUCACUCACUUUUUUUAACCUUGCUAAUGCCUGAUUUAUAUCUGAUUGCAAAAAGGGGAGGUGAGGGCAAGACACACACAGGAUCACAACAGUAAUCAACUAGGGUUAUAGCUGGCUUUGAGACACCUGGUUUUUAUCCAAUGUAAAUAGUUUGUAACAGCAGCAUAACAAUACAAUUCUACAGAUUGCUUGCUUUGCUCCGGACCGUAUUUAAUUUUGGUUAAAAGAAAGCUGUAUAAUGUCUGUAGACAAUAUUUACUUUUUCUGGCAGCCAUAAAGGACAAGCAUUCCUUUCAUCCAAACCAAUUUUGGUCUACUAAAACCAUUCCAUUAAUAAAUGAAUUUAAUUUGA